CAAAACUUCAAAAAGAUCAUAAAAUCUUAACAUUUAAAAUUAAAUAGAACUAUAUUUUGUGCGGAAGUGUAGAUACAGGAUCAUCUUUAAAUAAUGGAAAAGAUAGAAUUUAUUUUGAUGGCCAAAUUUCUCUGAUUUUCUCUCUGAUUACCUUACGAAUCGGCGAAGAUGCCCAAGAAAGCUUCACAUAACGAUGUAGUGAAGGCAGUGGCAGCAAAACUGCGUCACUACAUGGAGAUAAAGAGACUGGAGGAUGGCUUUGAUUUAUCUGGACCUUAUUCUCCUCGACUGGAUCAUCCUCCCCUUAAACCACACCCAACAUUGGCAUAUGACGGAUUACAUGAUAGACCAGUGAAACAUUACUUCAGGCCGCAGGUGCGCCAACCUAUUACACAAAUGAGAUCCACUAAUGGUGGACGGAGGGACAGAGAAUAUCAAACAAAAGCUGAUAUGGCAAAACAUAUGAAGAAAGUCAAGCAUCAGCACCCCUGGUAUGUAAAUGGCCAGUUUGUCUACACAAAGGGGAAAACUAGCAGUAGAAGAAAGCCUCUGAAGAAGCAAGAUAAGCCAUUCCAAGGUGGUCACCCCACAUUACGCAUGGCGCCCCCUGUGUAUAUAUCAAAGGGAGAAGCAGCCAGACUGGUCAAUACAGCAACCAAGCUCUUAGUUGCCACUGAAACUGUUGAUAUCGGCGAAAAGGGGAAAUCUAAAAGGCAAUCGGCACCCAAAUCAUUUGAGGAAAGAUUCGGGAAAUAUAAUAAGAAUAAUCAGUCUCAACAUUCGCACAGUCUCCCGCAAUUAGAUUACAAUGAAUCCAGCAAUAAAGCCAGUUCAACACGUAACAGACCCAAGAGUUCCAAGAGUGACACAGGGACUAGAGCGACCUCUAGUGGCAAACAUGUUAAGGGAGUUUAUGUUUGGGAUAUUGACGGCAGACGUCAUAAAGAAAAGCCAGAAAAAGAGAAUAAUGAACACGAUAGAAAUAAUAGAAAUGACAGUGGAUAUCAAACUCAAGCCACUACAAGCACAUCUGCAGGGAUGUACGUAACAAUAGAUGGAAAACAAGCCGAUCGAGAUCAACUCCCCGAAUGGUUGAGGCGAGAAAUGCAGAAAAUGGAUCGGGAAGAGCGCUUAGAACGACACAGGAAGUCACAGUUGCGCCCUCUAUCUGGUUCUGAUUCAUCCAUGAAUUCUGAACAUGCCCCUCACAGACCUAAUGGCUCUAAACCCAAAUCUGUGUGUAUUUAUCGCUAUCGGCGACGUAAAGAUCCCCAGGCCCCGAUAGAACCACAUUUUUACAAAGAAGACCCCCCUACCUAUGCAGAUUCUACCCCCAAACCCCCACCUCGAACAGACAAUGCAUGGAAUGAAACGAAAAAGGAAAAGAGCAGAGGAAAAAAAGAGGAAAGAAGAGAUAAAGAAAAAACUACUAGAAGGAAGAAAAAGGAACGCAUUCAUGAAAAAGAGGAGACGAUGAGUGAGGAUUCUCAAUCACAUGUGAUUCAGCAAGCAAAAUAUUCUGAGCCCACCGCUACACAAACAGUUGAUGAGGUUGGCGUACAGACAGGAACAGAUCUACUCACAGGAUAUGACCAUUGUGAAGAGAGAAUCAAAACAGGAGACAAGGCAAACUAUAACAUCUAUGUUAGAACUGGGAAUAAGCUUGGUGCCAGCACAAAGGCUGAUGUAAAGGUUGUCCUGUAUGGAGACAAUGGGCGCACUGAGAGCAUACCUCUAUUGUCAUCUAGUACACAUAAGGUCAAGUUUCAGAAGGGACAAGAGGAUGUGUUUGAGAUCAAUACCUGGCAUGUUGGUGCUAUGAAGAAGGUUUCUAUUGGCCAUGAUAGAGAAGAACUAGGGUAUGGCUGGUUUCUAGAGGGUGUCACAGUUCAUGAUAUGAGAGAUAGGAUGAGUUAUGAGUUUCCAUGUGAACGCUGGAUGUCAACACGUGAUGGUGAUGGUAAAACCAUCAGAGAAUUGACCCCCAGUUCUCAGAGACCACUACCUGCAGAUUCUGAAGUGAGCCAUAGUGACACAGAAUACCACAGCUCAGAUGGAGAAAGUGAAAUUGUUAUUAACAAAUCUAGUAGAACAGAAUCGACACAUCCUAACAAAUCAAUUUACUCUGCUUCCCAUACAAGUCUAGAAGCCCAACAAAGCAGAACUAGCCUGUACUCAAAUUCUAACAAAUCAGUAUCUGAAACUGAAGACUCUGAUUCUGACUCUAGCUAUACAACUACAGACAGUUCAAGUAGCGAGACCUCCACAACGCGUAGUUAUCGGAGCAACCACAGUGGGCGAAGCACCCGCAGUGCAAAAAGCAAUAUUAGUCAUAGAAGUGGGUUGAACUAUAGAUCUCCGGCAGGUUCGGAGCAAAGACUUUAUCAACUCGAACUGGAGGCAAAAACAAAAGACUCAAAAUCUAAAUCGCGAAAUGAAAAAGAUUAUGACUCUGAUAAGCCACAGUAUUCUGAUAUGUCAUCAGAAAGUGAGACGGAGACAGAAGAUGAGACUGAUACAGCUGGAGAUGAAACAGAGACAGAUCUGGAACAAGCUGUGAUGGAUACUAAAGAUGGACGUAAAAACAAAGGAGCUGAUGGCUUUAUGGAUGGUUUCAAGGCUGGUGUAGAGGCCACUAGGAAGAUCAGCGUAGAAUCUCAACGAUCGUCAGGUACCGAGGAUAUGGCAAUAUAUAGAGGUUUAACCAUACACCAAGCAGCGAAAAGCAAUAACUUACGACGCAUUCAAGAACUGGCCAAUCAUAAUGCCUCACUCAUCAAUUCGACAGAUGAGAAAGGUUGGCGAACACUACACGUAGCAACCUCAGAAGGAAAUUUAGAUAUCGUGAAAUGGCUAUCAGUAAAUGCUGCAAAUCUUAAUGCUGAGACACCAACAGGGUACACUGCAAUGCAUCUUGGGGCUUUGAAUGGUCACGUAAAUUGUAUGAUGGUCCUGGCGGCCAUGGGUGCUUCAAUUGCCUGCAAGUCCAUAGAUGAGCAAACCCCACUGCAUCUAUCAGCUAUGAAUGGCCAUCUUGAAACUGUGAAAUGGUUAGUUGCUAACAGAGCAGAUCUUAAUGCAGUUGAUGUCAUGGGUCGCACAUCACUAGAACUCGCUGAACAAUAUGACCAUAGAAAUGUAAUCAACUUCCUGUUAUCAUGCCAGAACGAAAUGGAUGACCCAAAAAGCACAUUUGCCCAAUUAAGGCAAAAUACUCGCAAAGUUAAUCUCCCGCGAAAGCCACUUGAUGAUGGUUUAGAGAAAGAGUCGGAAAGUCGACGUAAUAGUCAGGUUGAUGUCACUCUUCACGAGCCACCCCCUACAGAAUGGUCGGAUGACAGAGAGUCUUCGUCGUAUGCUCGACCCAAUCAGGGAUCUUCGACAGCACCAGAAAGAGGCUCUGGUUCAGCAAGUUCUCUCGAAAAAACGGGAGAAGCUGGCGAAAGAUCGGGCCAAUCGGCAGCUGGAUCGAAAAAGGAGAAAGAUGAGGGAGAAGAGAGAGAGGAAGGACAGGAGGAUGAGGGAGAGGAGGGAGGCACUGGGAGACCAUUGAAGACUGCUGAGGAAGAGAAAGACUUAGAGGAAAAGAGAAAGAUGUACGAAGAAGAUAAAGUACAGCGAGAAACUACUGGAAUGAGUUUCCUGGACAGUUUGAGAGCUGAGUUUGAUGAUGAUGUGGAAUAUGCAAAGUAGACACGUCAAGAAUCAACCAAUCACGGUGCAGUAUCAGGACAAUGUCAUAAUAGAACAGCUAGGAACCUAAUGGACAAUCACAUGUAAAAUAUGAGAAUUAUUACUAAUAGACUAUGUCAUUGAAGUAAAAUGUAUGUGAUGUUUCCAUAUAGAAUGACGAAACACAAAGGAGGUUCAACUUUCAAACUUAAUAAUAUAUUGGAAUGCACUUUUGAUUUUAUGUGUAUCAUGUGCCCUAAAUUCAAUGAAUACUUGUAGUAAAUACUUGUACAGUACAUUUAUUUUUAGUAAAUCAGAAUAAACUGUAAUUAGACAUUCCAUAAUAUUUUAUGUAAAUGAAGCUUUUGUAAAAUGUAUAUGCCUGUGCUGGAACACAAUUUGUAAAUGUAUUGACUUUCCAUCUCGUAAAAAAUCUAGAUUAUGUAUGUGAUUUCGCAAAGGGUUUGUGCAAAUAAGGAAAAAGUAAAUAAAAGAAUAUAAAAGUUAUAUGUAUAUAUAUAAUAUGUAUAGUUUUAUUAUAUGUAUACAUAAACAACAUAUCCAAUGUAUCUAAUAUGUACAAAAACAUAUGCAUUAAGUCAUCUUUGAAUUAUUGGUAAAUUGAAUUAUAUGUAAACAUAGUAUUUUUGUAGAUUAUAUGUAAAGUACAUUGUAUCAUAUUUAAGAUUAAAACUUUUAUUGCUUUGAAUAAUAUUAAGAGUUCAUUAUACAAGAAAAUAUAUACAUUGCUGUUAUCAGUUUUAAAGUGACCCUGCUUUGAUUUUGCAUUUGGCAUUAUAUCAUCAUGAAAUUUUAUCAAAAAGAAAUUUUUGCCUGUUGUUGGAUUGAUAGAUUACUUUCAAUCUGUUGAAAAUCUUAAUUUCACCAAAAAAUCUAGAUUGGCAUAUUCACCAAAUUAAAUUGUGCCAAAAUAUCCAGGGUUACAGUAUAUCACUACUGAAUAUGUUCCGAGUGCUUUCCUUGUAGAAUCUCAAGUUUGUUAUUCUUCAGAUAGUAAUAUUUCUUAUUUAGACCUUCUCUUGUAGAAUUCUAAGCCUUAUGUUAUAGUUUUAUCUGCCAUACUGAAGUGCAUCAUUAUAAGAGAAUGCUAUCUUCAGAAAAUUGAUUUACUAUUUUCAUUUAGAAAUUGUUAGCUCUGGAAUACUACAUUCAUAUUGUCACAGCUGAUGUUUACUGGUGCCUUGUAUAAAUAUCAUAACUCCAGAUAACCACCGAUUUAUUUUAAGUCCAUACUUAACUUUGUAGAAGUACAAAUAAAUUACAAUGUAUA